UACAGUAACCUGCAUGUGCUAAUGAUGGAUUAAUUAGGCUUAAUAAAUUUGUCUCGCAGUUUGCAGAUGAGUUAUGUAAUUAGUUUUUUUAUUAGUAUCCAAACACCUCUUCCAACAUCUUAAGAAACAUCCGAUGUGACACCCAAAUUUUUUUUACUCCAACUAAACAAGGCCUAAGUACAUUAAGGAAUGGGAGAACAGGCUCAUCUCUGUUGUUAAGCACCAGGAAACAGAGACUUCAGAUCCUACUCAUGCAAGGAAUUGUUACCUAGAAUGGUAUUGGCGAAUUACACGUCGUUGGAUCUCCACUCCAGUUGAAUGUCCAAUCAUAUCCGAUCAGUUAUCUGGGCAUACUGAUAAAGUUCUGGUUGAUUUGGUGAAUACAGUGCAGGGACGAAUUAGAACCUUACUAUUACAAAGUGAAAUUGAUGCAAAAAGGAUGAAGCAAUCACUUAUUGACAUUGAUUUGUACAUCACUGUUAAAAUGGCGGAGGCUAAGCAGGUUGUUCUCACAUCAUGUCCUUAUGAAUCUAGUUACUUAAACCGCAAGAGAGAGGGCAUGGUUAUGUCUUCAAUUGCUGUGCAGAUUAUGCAAAGUGGUGUUCCAAGUGGAACAAGAAUUGGAAGUGCUAAAUCAACCACAAUCUCUCUAAAUAUUGUAGCUCCUACUCAAGCUACUGUUGCAAAGAUGGAACAGGUUGGUGAUGAUCAUGUCGAGGGAAACACUAUACUCAAGUUGGACGAAAUGAUGAGAAUUCAACCCACGGGAGGUACUCCUGAUUUAGCACUUCUCACAACAGGUGACACCACAAAUAACAAAACCGAAGAUUUGCAUCCUCGAGAAGACCCUCUUGAUUUAACUAUGACAGAAGUAAAUCUUCAGGACAUUAUUAGCACCCCUGUAGAGGAUGCUAUGACUGAUAUUAUGAACACAUCUGCAGAGGAUGCUACACCAGAGGACAUUGUAGAUUCAGAUGUGAAGGAUGGUUAUGUGUUCAUAGAGGCUGUGGAAGUGCAGGAGACUGUUGUAUCUAUGAACAGCAUUAAGAUACCCAAGAAGGUUACAGCUGAAUUGCAGGAGUGUGCUGGUGCACCUUUGAUUAAUGGUCAGGGAACAUUGUGCAGAACUUCAGUGCUUCCAGAAUUCUACAAGAUCUCGAGUGUAUCAUGACACAAUGAGCAAUUGCAGAAAAUCACUGGUGCAUCUGAGAAUGAUGUAGACACAAGAAUAGAGAAUGGUACGGGUGAAGGAACGAUCAGUCAACCCUUCAAUUACAUCGGACCUGGAGAAACCUUGAAUAUGUCUAUGAACAAAGAAUUAAGUUCAGUGCCAGGUGAUGUCGAACCUCCCUGGUUCUGAACAGGAAGAAUCUGCUGCUGUAGUUUCAGGCCACAAUGAACUGCAAGAUGCUAUUCAGACAACCUGAGGACAGUGUCGUUCAAGGUGGAGUCAAUGCUGUGCAAAAUCAUAUGUUUCAAGAUAAUGCCAAGUACCCAAUUGCAAGAUGCUCUUCAUUUUUGCUUAUCACUAGUGUUGGGGAGAGAACUCAGUCAAAAAAAAAGUGUUAAUUCAUUCGCUGGAGAAAAUAAUGAACGAUUGGUAGGGAUGAUUCUGCUGGCGUUGAAGACCAUGACAAUCUAGGUCCAAAUGAAAUUACUAAAAGGAGAAAAUUGACAGUUCCUUCACAUGAAAAUUCUGAGAUCCGUUCAACCAUAGAGCCUACAAAAAUGGGAACUGCAAAAACAGAGGAGAAAAUACAUCAGACUGUAAGAAUUGGCAGUGGCCAGUUAAUAGCAUUUACAAGAAGGAAAAGAAAGCACUUAUGCAGUCAUCGUCCUGACUCCUAAUUCUGUUUUGUUAUUGUAUAAUGUAUGUGAAUUUGUCUUUUUCACUUUUUUUGUUGUUGUUAUAAUAUAUGGAGUAUCCACUCUUGUUUAUCCUCUAUCCUUAUC